CAACCCCUUUUGGCAUUUUGUUCUGGUAACCAAUCGAGUAAUGUUACUUUCUUUUAAUUCUUUUUAAUGUGAUGACUAUGUUUCUAGUGGAAUAAUAAAAGUAACAAAAAUAAAAUAAGUUUUCACAUGCAAAGCAACACAAAAUUUUUAACUCUUGUUUUAAUCUAAGCAUAAUGUUUAAUUACUUCUAAAACCUAUAUUUGUAGAGCUUAAUAAUAAAUCACUUAAAAAAUAUUAUAUUAUUAAAAAUUAAUGUUUACUAAUAUUAUUAUAUAAAAAAUAACAACAUUAGUCAGGAGAAUACUGAAAUAAAAAAAGAAAUAUGAAAUCAUAAAUUUUAAAAUGAUAAAAAAAAAUCAAAUCAAAGGCAAAAGAAAAAGAGAAAAAUAAAUAAAUAAGUUCUUCUAAGAUCUUUUCUUGGUGAACUAUUAAUUAGUUACAUAGUUCUCUGAUGGAUAGUGAAAACCCAAUUGCCCUUUUUAUUAUUAGUCCAUUGUUGUUGCGCAUAUUUUGGAGCUAAGUAAACAACCAAAAGAAAAUAUAGGAAAAAACAAAGAGGCAAAGGAAAAAGAGGAAACCAAAAAAAUAAACUCUCAAAUCUCUCCUCUCAAAUCAAGCCACAAAAACCCAAUCUGCAUAUUCACAAUUUCUUCUUGUGUUCUUGUUGUUUUUCUGGUAAAUAUUUACAAUAGAAAAGGAAUCAUAAUAACAUUCAUGGGAACAUUUACAAGUUUUAGAAAAGCUUAUGGGGCACUUAAAGAUACCACCAAGGUGGGGCUUGCAAAGGUUAAUAGUGAAUUCAAGGAAUUGGACAUUGCAAUUGUAAAGGCCACAAAUCAUGUGGAAUGUCCUCCAAAAGAGCGUCAUGUUCGAAAGAUCUUUUCUGCAACUUCAAUGAUACGUCCACGUGCUGAUGUCGCAUAUUGCAUUCAUGCACUUGCCAAGAGAUUAUCUAAAACGAGAAAUUGGAUUGUAGCAAUAAAGACAUUGAUUGUCAUUCAUCGAACUUUGAGAGAGGGUGAUCCUACCUUCCGGGAGGAGCUUUUGAAUUAUGCACAUAGAGGAAACAUUCUCCAAAUAUCAAACUUCAAAGAUGACUCAAGCCCCAUGGCUUGGGAUUGUUCUGCAUGGGUUAGAACAUAUGCCCUUUUCCUAGAGGAAAGAUUAGAGUGUUUUAGAGUGUUGAAAUAUGAUAUUGAGGCUGAGCGCUUGACAAAAUCAUCACCAAUGGCAACUAAGGUACACAGUAGAACAAGGCUUUUGAAUCGGGAUGAACUAUUAGAACAAUUACCUGCAUUACAACAACUUCUUUAUCGUUUGAUUGGCUGCCAUCCUGAAGGAGGAGCUUACUGUAAUUAUCUCAUACAAUAUGCUUUGGCUUUGAUCUUAAAAGAAAGCUUCAAAAUAUAUUGUGCAAUUAAUGAUGGAAUUAUCAAUCUUGUGGACAUGUUUUUUGAUAUGUCAAGACAUGAUGCUGUAAAAGCACUCAACAUAUACAAGCGGGCUGGCCAACAGGCCGAAAAUCUUGCUGAAUUUUAUGAAUAUUGCAAGGGUUUGGACCUUGCUAGGAACUUUCAAUUUCCAACACUAAGACAGCCACCUCCAUCAUUUCUUGCAACAAUGGAAGAAUAUAUUAAGGAAGCACCACAAGCAGGUUUUGUUCAAAAAAGGCUGGAGUACAAAGAGAGAGAUGAAUCAUCUCCUGAAAAACUUGAAGAGCCUUCAGAACCUACAAAUGAAGUUGAAAAUACUUAUGAUAAUGAAACAUCAACAGACACAAUGGAAGAAGCUCAGACCAAAGAUGAAGUGGAGGAAACUCCUCCAUUAAUAUCUACUGAUGAUACUGGAGAUUUACUUGGUCUGAAUGAAAUAAAUCCAAAAGCUAUAGAAAUUGAGCAAAACAAUGCAUUGGCUCUUGCAAUUGUUCCACCUAGUGAUGAUCCUCUAUCUUCAUCAAAUCGUGCUUUAAGUGAACUCUGUGGGCCUAAUGCAAUUGGAUGGGAGCUAGCACUCGUUACCACAUCAAGCAAUAAUACUAGUCAUGUUGUAGAUAGCAAACUGGCUGGUGGAUUUGAUAGGCUAUUACUUGAUAGCUUAUACGAGGAUGAUGUUGCUAGGAGACAAAUACAAUUACAAAAUGCAGGUUAUGGACAUAACGGCAUGGUUGUGCAAAACCCAUUUGAGCAAUUGCAAGAUCCAUUUGUAAUGUCCAAUAAUAUAGCACCGCCACCCAGUGUACAAAUGGCAAUAAUGGCUCAACAGCAGCAGCAACACCACCAACCUAUGAUGAUGGUACCUUAUCAAUAUCAACAACCACAAAUGCAACAAAUGGGUUCUUCAAAUCCUUUUGGGGAUCCAUUUUCUAGUCCUCCCCAAAAUUCAGUACCACAACAAGGAAAUCAAAUGCUACUUUAAAAAAAUAUAUCUUUCUUGUGUUUUUUUAAAAAGAAAACUUAGAAGAUUUCUUCUUUGAAAUAGUAGAAUCACUUUGUUUAUUGUGAAAUUUUCUAUGACUUUCUUUUUUUCUUUUCAAUCAAUGAAGUUUUUUUGUAUUGCAAGUCAAUAGGUGAUUUUAUUUUUAAAAAGAAUAUGAAAUAUUUCAUAUAAAAGCUGAUGUUUCAAAAUUAUAUUAUCCAGUAUUUUUAUACAUGUAAUAUUAGAGCUUUUCAUAUUUUAAAUUAUUAGAAUUAAAACUGGAUUAUUUUACACAAUUAUAUUUAAUUUUGUAUUA